ACCCGCCUACCUCACCUGCCAUGGGCGGCGUGAGCGGCCGGUGACAGCAUUAGCGCCCGCGGCUCAUCAGUGCAUGGCACGGCGCUGACAUGAGACGGGUGGACCGUAGCGCAGACCAGCAGCGGCAGCGGCAGCAUCAGCACCACCAGCAGCAGCGCGCCGAGGGGCGUCAGGGGCGCCAGUCGACAUGAACCGCACCGGGAUGCCGGACCACGUAGCGCUGCAGCGGCUAGCAACAGAGGUUGCGCGCAGGCGAGGAGUCCGGGGCCGCCCUCGAGUCGCACCACGAUGACGCCCAGCAUGUGGGGGACGCGGCGGACUCCAUGGACGACGACGCCAUCAACGGCGGCCACUGGCUGGACACCGAGAUCGCCGUGGGCUCCAUCGUCGCCAUCAUGGUGGUCGCCGCCCUGGUCGCCGUGUGGAUAUCGUGCAGAAGGAGGAGGAGGCUACGAGACCCGACCGAGGAGCCUGGGACCGCGGCGGGGCGAGUUGUCCACCACCUGCAAACGGUCCACGAGGUGAAGGAGAUCCCCUGCAGAAAGGUGUCGUGUCUGAAAACGUCGUCGCUCAAGGUGGACGUCACGCGUCCGGAUAACGUGGCCGUCAACGGGAACGGCCACCCGGUGAUCACCACGGUGCCGCCCGUCUCUCCGGAGCCGUGCACCAACCCCAACGGCGUCCCUGAGGGCACGCCCUGGGAGCCGUACUAUCUGGGACUCCCCGGCCAGGUGACGCGGGCGCGCCGCCGCUCCGUGUCGCUGCGGUCGGGCGACGACGAGGGCGGCUCGGACGAUGGCGACGCGAGCGGAGCGUCGUCCGUGUCGAGAGGGCCGUCGCCGACCCUCAGCCCGGGCGACGCGGGCGACAGCGAGGCGACGAGGAAGCGCUCCGUCACCUUCAACGCCCUGGUGGAGGAGGUUCAGAUCCUCCCCAACUAAGCGUCGCGAUUAGUGAUCGAUGUUUUUGCUUAGUUUGCCAAAGUUAUACGAAACAAACCAUAUCCUGUAUCCAUGUUUUUUGCGUUCAUUCAUUUGAGGGCAAUAAAGCAAAGUCUUUUAAUUUGUAAGUGAGCCAUUUGUGUAUUUUAGAGUAAGAAUAAAUAAAUAUGUACAUGAUUUUUCAGACUGCA